AUGGUAUGUGUCCCCGUCUUCAGCCGCGAGCGCUCGUACCCGACCGCCGUGGAGGCCCGCGGCAUGCGGGCGAGAGGCUCGGCGCCGCGGGGCCCGACAGCGCAGUGCGGGCCCGCAUGGCGCGGCGCGAGGACUUUCCCUUCGACGCGCUGCUCGGCUCGCGCGACGCGCUGGUGCAGGGCCUGCUGGAGCACAUCUCGGGAUGGGUGCCAGGCCGCCUGGCCGGGUGUGGUGCGCGUCCACCACCGCUGCGCUGUCGUCGGGGUGGACCUCCGCCAUCGAUCCCUGGAGGUCGCGCCCGAGUCAGACGCGGCGGGCGCCGAGGCUGCCGCACGCGGCGCGCCUUUUGAUCUCAUCUGCGCAUGCGACGGCAGGAACUCGCCGGUGCGGGAGUCUGCCAUGUCGCAGGACCCCAGCCUAACGGUUACCCGGCACGAGGACAACGUUUUCUUCAAGACCAUCCCGAGGGUUUCGCUCUUUGCCGCCGGCGAUGUUACGACUAUCAGGGUGGCGACGCGGUGCUAG